AUGCACAAAGCUAUUAAUGCUACGAACCUCAUUCUCAUUCCUAAGAUCCAAAACCCUAAGAGACCACAACAUUACAUGCCUAUAUCCUUGUGCAAUGUGACGAAAAAGGGUAAGGAGGGGUUCUUCGCCAUUAAGAUUGAUCUCGUGAAAGCUUACGGAAACCCCCUGUCCCUUUACCUUUUUAUUUGGGCUGUAGAAAUUCUGUCUGGGCCUUUAAAGGAGGCAAUGGGGGAUGGUGAUAUCAAGGGCAUCCGACUGAGUCGGAGAAGUCCUAUUCUCUCCCACAUUUUUUUCCCAGAUGAUUUAAUCUUAGUGGGUAGGGCGAUCUUGGAAGAAGCAAAAGGCUACUGGCAACGCCUUGAGAGGCUUUGUGAUUGGUCUAGACAACAAGUCAAUAAACUCAAAACUUCUAUUUUCUUUAGCAAGAACACUGCUGAGGUGAGGAAAAAGGAGAUUAGAGAAUUGUUGGGAAUUGGAGUACCAGAAGGGUGGAAAGCGAAAUCUCUCUCAAAGGUAGGGAGGGCCACCCUUAUCAAAUCAAUGGGUCUCUCCCUGUCCAUUUAUGCCAUGCAAACUACAAAGCUAUCAAAUAGAUUGGGCUCAAGAAUUGAUGAAAUGGUUCGUGACUUCUGGUGGGGUUUUGAGAAAGGCAAUCAUGGGUUGCACCUGAAAGCUUGGGAUAAAUUGAUUUUAGAAGCCAAGUAUUUGAAAGGGAAGGGAAUCCUAAAGUGCCGAUACAAGGAUUUAGAUUCUUGGUUCUGGAAAAAUGUGAUCUUAAGAAAAAGUGCCUGUGAAGUGGUGUCAGACGGUGAAGAUACUACUGAACUAUUAGUAGAAGAUGGGGAUUGGGACACCCAAAAGUUGAACUGCCUAUUUGAAAAAGAUACCAUCUCUACCAUCUUGAAAAGCGGAAGACCUGCUGGUCAUGGAGAGGAUAAAUGGGUCUGGACUAAAGAGAGUAGUGGGCGUUUCUCUUGCAAAUCGGUCUAUCUUUUGCAAGCUUUGCAUAGGGCCCCUCAGUGUGAAGUUGCUCCGUCGUUUUGGAAUAAGCUCUGGAAUAGUAAAAUUAUGGAACGCCAUAAGGUCCUUUGGUGGAGCAUUAAUGCCCUCCCAAUUCAAUCUGUUAUUCACAAAAAGUUUUAUAUUGAUGAUGUGAGUUACCCUAUUUGUUGGGUUGAGGAAGAAUCUAUAGAAUAUUUGUUCCUCAAGUGUGAUUUGGCUUUCCAUCUGUGGCGAUCCUUGCUGUGGGGUAUUUUCCCUGUUUCAGGAGUAAAUGCGGAUGAGGUCUUUUUGUAUGCUUCGAUUGUUGUUGAUACUAUUUGGAGGGUCCACAAUGAUAAGGUACACAAUAAUAAUCUAGAUAAUGUAAAGCGCUGUAUCGACUAUAUUCAUCACUCUUUUGCAGAUUAUAGAGCUUCCCUCCUUCCUACUCCUACUCCAAUUUUGGUGGAAGCCUGUCGUCCUCCCCCUCAUGAUUGUAUUAACCUGAAAUGUGAUGUAAAAGCGGGUUUGAAAAGCAUGAGUAUUGCGGUAGUAGUUAGAAACCAUGAAGGCUAG